GUCCGGAUCCGUACCUCCUCUCUUUCGUUUCUUUUCUGUCGCCCACGUUACCGCACCAGUGACUGGUUGCAGCUACACCGCAAGAAUCGUUGUUUAUGAAAAUGGGAUUAAAAGAAACAACCAGGAGAGAAAGUGAGAUCUUGUUUUGAGAGCGUCGAAAGUGAUGUGUUGUGUCUCUCCUCUCGUCCGACGAGAAUUAUUUUUGAUCGCUAGAAAGUGUCGUGUCGUUCCAGGCGCAUACGCUACUGGGGAAAACGCGCAUGCGUCAUGCACUUGCGCGUUUGUGGGUACGCAUUAAGAAUACUCUCGCUUAUGAGCCUACCAGUGGGCGGAAAGAGAAAUAGUGGGGAGAAGAACGUGCUGGUGAAGGCAGGCAAAUAGGAGCGUACAUCAGCGUACCUCAAAUUUUCGGAUUCGCCCAUUUUACCAAUCUCAUUGUAUCAAUAUAGACAAGGAAUUCCCAACUUGGGAAACAAAUGGCGCCGAGUAAAUACAAAAUCUACGCCUAUGAGGUGCCGAGAGAAAUAGUGGGGGAGAAGUACGAAGAGAAAAGGUGGGGAUAGUAAUGGCGAGAUCGGUAAUGGUGGGGGAGUCAGAGGUGGUAUCCGGCUGGGGCAAGCCAGGUCUGCUAGAGUAGGAUGAAGAGAGAUGGGGAGACGGUGAAACAAGUGGAAUGGAAAGGCAGUCAGCGGGGUCGCCGAGCCGGAGAGACGAGUGAGUAGACAAGGGAGCGAACAUCAUCGUGGCAAGCCUAAGCGGCAAAGCCAAAAGCGCUGCUCUUGCCCGGCGUUUUGCUCGGCAAAAUCACAACCACGCUCGUUUUUCGUCAUCGUCAAUCGUCAUCGUCAAUCGUCAUCGUCAAUCGUCAUCGUCAUCGUCCUUGUCCUUGUUCUUGUUCUAGUUCUCGUCACACGUGCCGUUCGCAAAAGUGUCGUUUUUUCGUUUAUACUCUUGUAACAAUCAACAAAAAAUUACGUCUACGAAUUGAAAAGUGUCCUUCGAUUGAUACAUCAAAGAGUAUAAAAAAAAAAAAAGAUCCCUUUUCUUUUUCCUUUUCCCUUUUUAAAAAUUGUAUACAUUUUUUUAACAUUCUAAAAAUAGUUUACAAGUUUUAUCCUCUUUUUUCUUUUUUUUUUAUUCUCCUUCCCUAUUCCUUUCCUCAUCCUUGUUCAGUUCAAGUAAUCUUCCUUUGGGAUCACCUGCUCGUCUCAAUUCUUUACCACCAGCACCACCUACGUGAGCCGUGCCCUCUUUUAAUAUCGUGACAAUUUUCUUGAGAAAAAGAGACAAUAUCAAGUAAUGUUUCUCAACAAGUAUUUCAAGUUUCUAUCGAUAAUAUAAAAAGUGAUCCUCGUAAAUGAAUUGUAAAUUAAAUUAUCAAGAGGAAUAAAUUUAAUCACAUUAUUUGGAGCACGCACAAAAUGAUCGUAUUUAACGUAAAGGAGAACAAAGCUCGUGAUCGAAGAGUGUCGAAGGAAAGUGGGGGGAACGGUGAUUUAAAGUGAAAGUCCCAUGAAUUCGUAAGAAUAUAAAAGUUGGACGGGACACUGAAUAACGGUGAGAAUCUCAGGAUGGUCGAAUUCCAAUUGUCAUGAGAAAGAAAGACAGUUGCCGCCAGAGACUGCCCGGUGGUCUUUUGAAAGAAAAAAUCUUUCGUUGUUAGAGAGAACCGAAAAGAGAUAGAGAUAGAUAGAGAUAGAGAUAGAGAGAGAGAAAGAGUUAGAAAAAGAGGAAAAAAGAAAACCUAGGAGAAGAAGGACAUAAGGAAAAGUAUUUGUUGUCGGGUUGUGAUUCGGUCGAUAAAGCUGGUCGAGCCGGUCGGAUCGAGUUCUAGACGGAUAUGGCUACUGUUGUUUCUUCCACCGGUGUUGCUGCUGCUGCUGUUGUUGUUGCUGUUGCUGUUGGUGGUGGUGCUGUUGUUCCUCGAUUUUUCUAUCACCAUCAUCGUCAUCGCAGCACACCACUUCUCCACCACCACCACCAUUGCCACUACUAUCAGGUACUACUACGUCGUCACCGUCAGCCGUGUUGUAGUAGUAGUAGUAGUAGUAGUAGUAGUAGUAGCGAGUCAGCAGGCGAACAGGUGCUGCUGCUACUGCUGUUGCUGUUGCUCUUACCCUCCUCCACCUCUUCUUCCUUUUCCUCCUCCUCCUCCUCAUCCUCCUCCUCCUCCUGCUCAAUUUCCUCCACCUCCUCCUCUACCUUCUGCGUCGUCGUUCAGGAUAGGAUUCGGCGAGACCUCUCGUGAUAGCGGACACACAAGUCUCGAGCUACGGAAGAACGACUUCUCCGUUUGCUUGUUCUUCUCUUCGUCAAACUUACUUGUCGAUCGAUUUGUCAGGCCACGCACAUUCCACGCGCAUUCCCGCUAUUCUUAGUGGCUGUAGUGCGUGUACAAGUGGCCCACGAGAAAGAGAUUGAGGAGAGGGUGCAGAAGAAGAAUAGGAAGAAAAAGAAUAAGAAGAAAGAUAGGAAGGAAGGAAGGAAGGAAGGAAGGAGGGAAUUAAAGCGAAGAAGAGGAAGGAAGGAAAGAAAUUAAAAAAAAAUAGAAUUCAAAUUAAGAUAAAGACAUCAGUGAAGAAGGAACCGCCGUCGACUUCGAUUGCGCGCAUCUGGCCUUCUCGCCAGAGGAUGACGAGCACGCGAAGGGUCGACUGUCCGCGACCGAUUUCACGGAUCUGUGGGACCCUUCUUUUGUUACUGAUAUUACUUACCGAGGUGACGUACUCGGCCGAUCUAGCAAUCGAGAUUCCAGGUAAUUUGAGCCAAAGUGGUUCCUCGUUAAGACUGGAUUACAGUCCUGCUGUUGGUAAUCCACCACCAAACAUUAGGAAAGCCGCAACAGAAAUAGGUGAUGUUAUCAAACUCACUAACGUUCUUCCUGGUACGAGAUAUGAGUUUUGGUUGUACUACAGUAACGGCACUCUUCACGAUUGGCUCACGUGGGCUGCAUCGAUCACGACAGUACCGGAUCCACCCUCCAAUUUGACCGUAUCGGUCCGCAAUGGGAAAACCGCUAUCGUGUAUUGGUCACCACCAGUCCAGGGUAAUUAUUCCGGUUUCCGCCUGAGGGUACAAAGCUUCAGCGACACCGGAAAUCCAAGGACGAGCGUGAUACCCGCCGAUGCAGUGCCCUAUACCCUUCGUGAUCUUACGCCGGGGGCAACGUACUCCCUUCAACUUUUCACGGUGCUGGACACCAAAGAGAGCGUGGCCUACACGAGCAGAAACUUUACAACCAAACCUAACACACCGGGAAAGUUCAUUGUAUGGUUUAGAAAUGAAACUACGUUGCUGGUACUCUGGCAACCACCGUAUCCUGCUGGGAUUUAUACUCAUUACAAAGUCAGUAUUGAUCCCAAGGAUGCGAUUGAAUCGGUUCUUUACGUGGAGAAAGAAGGUGAACCACCUGGACCAGCUCAAGCUGCAUUCAAAGGACUCGUCCCUGGUCGAGCUUACAACAUUUCGGUACAAACGGUUUCCGAAGAUGAAACUUCGACACCAACGACUGCCCAAUAUCGCACUGUACCUUUGCGACCCUUGAACGUGACUUUUGACAAGUCUUUAAUAACGUCUACUUCCUUCAGAGUAUUUUGGAAACCACCGAAUGGAACAUCGGAGUUUGACAAGUAUCAAAUAUCUCUUGGAGGUAAUCGGAGAUUAGCACCAGUCAGCAAAAAUCGUGACGAUGAAAGCAGAUUGGAAUUUAAAGAUUUAGAACCUGGGAAAACGUAUCAGGUCAUUGUAAAAACAGUCUCUGGUAAGGUUACCAGUUGGCCAGCCAGUGGUGACGUUACUCUUAAACCUUUACCGGUGCGAGAUCUUCGAGCAGAAGUCGACGAGAGAACAGGUAUGGUUGAAGUGUCAUGGAAUCCAGAAAAUAGUAGUACACAAGACAGCUAUAAACUUCAGUAUCACGAAGUGGAAACAACUAUCGGUGGUGAUAGCAACACUUUGACAACUGAUAAAACCAGAGUCACAUUGGAAGCUUUAUUGCCAGGACGAAAUUAUUCCAUAAUCGUUCAAGCGAUUAGCAGCAAAGUUGAAUCGAAUGAGACGAUACUUUAUCAAGUAACACGACCAUCUAGUCCGAUAAUUGAAGAUUUGAAAUCGAUUGAAAAAGGUUUGAACAUAUCCUGGAAGAGUGACGUAAACUCAAGGCAAGAAAAGUUCGAGGUGACGCAUAAUAGAAACGAUACCGGGGAAAGUGCGACCACCUUGACCACAGAGUCGCACAUUGUUUUAGAAGAUCUUUAUCCUGGUGCGGGAUAUGAGGUCAAGGUUUUCGCCAUUAGUCAUGGACUCAGGAGCGAACCGCAUGCACAUUUUCAAGCAGUCCUUCCUCAUCCACCAAAGAAUUUGAGCAUUGAAAAAGUUACCAGUAACACCGUACUCGUCCAUUGGGAGGCACCAACGGAUUCGAUAUUUUCUGAAUAUUCAAUUAGGUAUCGUACGGAAGACGAACCAAGAUGGGUGAAAUUACCGAGUGUUCGAGAAAUCGGCGAGGCAGAAGUUGCCGAUAUGACACCUGGAGAGAGGUACACGAUACAAGUGAAUACUGUAAGCUAUGGGGUAGAAAGUUUACAUCCGUUGCAAGUAAAUCAUACGAUUCGACCAAACCCAGUAUUAAAUAUUCGUCCGAUCGUGGAUUCAACGAAUGUUACCUUAGAAUGGCCAAGACCCGAAGGUAGGAUAGAAACCUAUGUGAUAAGAUGGUGGCCCGUAGAAAAUCCAGAAGAUGUGAGAGCAAAAAAUGUCACCGAAAGUCCCGAAAUAUCUGCUCUUGUAUUCGACGAGAACACUAUUCACACGGAAAGAGUACUAGUUGGUGAUUUAAUGCCAGGCAUGCAGUAUUCAUUCAGCGUCUAUACCAUAUCUUACGAUCUAGUCAGUGAAAUCACCAAUUUAACGACCAGAACAAUGCCGCUGAUCCAGUCCGAAGUCGUAGUGGUGGUAGAUCGCGAUCAACCUGGUUCGUUAACGCUAAGGUACACCCCAACGCCGAUUCAAUCAUCGAAAUUCGAUCUUUAUCGGUUUCGUAUCAACGACGAGAACAAUACGACUAAGGAACGUCGUGUAGACGAUACCGAUACGAAGAUAACCUUUAUUGGUCUUACACCCGGUAGACUUUAUCAAGUGACCGUAUGGACUGUCAGUGACAACGUGGAAAGUCGGCCAUUGAUUAGACAGGAUAGACUCUAUCCUGAACCGAUCACUGCAAUAAAUGCGACAGACGUUAACGAUACCAGGAUAACAUUGACUUGGGACGUACCAAGAGGAGAGUAUAAUACAUUUGAAGUGCAAUACAUAAACACCGAAGGGAACUACAUCCAAAAUUUAACAUCCAUUAACACGAUAACCAUAUCAGAAUUGAAGCCAUAUAGAAAUUACACGUUCACGUUGGUCGUUCGAUCAGGAACUGAAUCAUCCUAUUUGAGGGUGUCGAACCCGCUCAGUGCCAGUUUCACUACGAGCGAGUCUUAUCCCGGCAGAGUGGACAAGUUUUAUCCAACUGAUAUACAACCUAGCGAGAUCAGUUUUGAAUGGUAUUUGCCGAAUCAGGAGUACAAUGGUGUCAUCAGAAAAUACAGUAUUACUUAUGGCUUGGAGGGUUCUACCCACAUGAAGAUCCAACAUUUCAAGCCGAACGAAUUCCGUGGUGUCAUAAAGACCCUCCACCCUGGCAAAACUUACUUCUUUCGUAUUCAAGCCGAGACUAAGGUCGGUUAUGGUCCUGAAUUUAUUUGGAAGCAAAAGAUGCCAAUAAGGGCACCACCAAAACCGCCCACUCAAGUUGUACCAACCGAGGUCUGUAGAAGCAGUACUACGAUACAAAUACGGUUUAGAAAGAAUUACUUCAGUGAACAAAAUGGCGCUGUAACCUCGUAUACUAUAAUCGUUGCCGAAGAUGACAGCAAAAAUGCAUCUGGUUUGGAAAUGCCUAGUUGGAGAGAUGUUCAAGCUUACAGCAUUUGGCCACCUUAUCAGGUUAUGGAACCUUAUUAUCCUUUUAAAAAUGGAUCCGUAGAAGAUUUUACGAUAGGAAAUGAAAAUUGUGAUAACAAAAUUGGUUAUUGCAACGGGCCACUUAAAUCUGGUUCAACCUACAGAGUAAAAGUACGAGCUUUCACAGCACCCGACAUGUUCACGGAUACAAGCUAUAGUUUUCCAAUUCAAACAGGAUUGCUGCUGGCAGAUAAGGAUAACACUGCUAUAAUUGUUGGAGUUACUGUCCCGAUUGUUCUUUUACUGUCUUUAUUGGGUAUCGGUUUGCUCGUAAGAAGAAGACGAAGUCAAGGAAGGAAGACUACCGAGACCAGAGCCACCGACAAUUUAUCUUUACCAGACAGUGUUAUUGAAACGAGUCGUCCCAUUAAAGUAGAAGAUUUUUCUGAACAUUAUCGAAAUAUGUCAGCGGAUUCGGAUUUCCGUUUUUCGGAAGAAUUCGAAGAGCUGAAACACGUUGGAAGGGAUCAACCAUGUACCGCUGCCGAUUUACCAUGCAACAGACCAAAAAAUCGUUUUACAAAUAUAUUACCUUACGAUCACAGUAGAUUCAAAUUGCAACCGGUAGAUGACGAAGAGGGCUCGGAUUAUAUUAAUGCUAAUUACGUUCCUGGUCAUAACUCGCCAAGAGAGUUUAUAGUAACGCAAGGUCCUUUACACUCGACGCGAGAUGAUUUCUGGAGAAUGGUGUGGGAGAGUAAUAGCAGAGCUAUAGUUAUGCUCACGCGAUGUAUCGAGAAGGGUAGAGAAAAGUGCGAUCAUUAUUGGCCCGUGGAUACAUUGCCCGUUUAUUACGGUGAUAUUUGCGUAACCAUUUUAAACGAGGCACAUUAUCCCGAUUGGAGUAUCACCGAGUUCAUGUUGUGCAGGGGUGACGUGAAAAGGGUAAUACAACAUUUUCAUUUCACAACGUGGCCGGAUUUUGGAGUACCGAGUCCACCUCAAACGUUAGCAAGAUUCGUUCGAGCAUUCCGAGAACGUGUUAGGCCAGAUCAACGACCAAUAGUCGUUCAUUGUAGCGCUGGUGUAGGACGUAGCGGUACAUUUAUCACCUUAGAUAGGAUACUUCAACAGAUUUUGGUAUCGAAAUACGUAGAUAUAUUUGGAAUAGUUUGGGCUAUGAGAAAGGAAAGAGUUUGGAUGGUGCAAACUGAACAACAAUACAUCUGCAUACACCAGUGUCUACUUGCUGUCUUGGAAGGACAAGACACUACGGGACCACCUCGUGAGAUUCAUGACAAUCAAGGAUUCGAAGGAAAGAAUCGAAGCUCGGUUGAAAACGCUAAGAGUCCUGCCGAGGAUGAAAAGGAGAGGUGACCUUCGAACUCCGAAUCCUGCGUCGAUGAUGACGAAGGAAUAGCCGAGUCGGGAAUGUGAUGAUCCAAUUAAUGAUUAUCAAGGACAAUCGACUUGCUGGGCAGCAUGAACGUCUCACAUCUAUACAAAAAAAAAAGAAUAUAUUAGAAUAUAUCUGGCGUGUUGUACGUCUGAUUCUUCACGGAGAUACUUUUUUUUUUUUGUUAUAAAAAUCUCGUCGAAGGAAAACGUCAGAGAAAUCUAAGAAGAAGUGGACGUUCGGAGAAGAAGAACGUAGAAGAAAGCAGAUCAACCAAUCGAACGGAUUAGGAGAUUUUGGAAUUAAAAAAAGAAAAAAAGAAAAAGAAAGACAGAUCGACCAAUCUUAUAGCUUCCUCCUCCCCCCACCCCCCAUUUUAUUUUGGGGUUUAAUACUCAACGACGUUUCAAAUAUUAUUAUCUGUCGGGGGAGUAUUUUGUUCGAUUAACACGUCAUCAACACGCGUUAUUCUCAUACCAAUUUUCAUUGACCCCAAUAUAAAAAAAAAAAAAAAAAAGAAUAACUUUCAGUUUGAUGGAAAGUUUGAUCUCAUUGAUACUUUUUUUUGGUUUACACUUUGAUUCCAAAAUUGUGACCAAUGAUAUUACAGUACCCUUUGUGCGUGAGUAAGUCUCGAGGGACAAGAAAAAAUGAGAAGGAUCGAAUUUAAAAUUAUUAUA